AUGGAUAGCAAUUUUCUAUGUCAUGGUCAGGUGCCCCCUGAUGAAAAGCACAGUGUAGAUCAGAAAGAUGGUAUUGAUGAAGCUACUGAAACCACCCUUGGAAUCUAUGGCUGUGAUCUCAUCCAAGAAAGCGGCAUUUUGCUGAGAUUACCACAGGCAGUCGUGGCCACUGGGCAGGUUCUAUUUCAUCGUUUCUAUUGCAAGAAGUCAUUUGCACGGCUUAAUGUCAAGAAAGUUGCUGCAAGCUCAGUGUGGCUGGCUUCAAAACUGGAGGAAAACCCAAGAAAAGCUAGCCAAGCCACAAACCGCAACGGCGACACCGACAAUGCGACCUGCAAGAGUACGCGAAAACCAAAGCUGCUACACUAA